ACAUAAUUAUAUUUCAGUCAGUACUACUAUCGUCAUUCUGAGAGUUUUAAAUUUAAGAUCUUUUUCAGGGAUCCAGUUCCAUCCCAUGUAACUUUUCUGACGGAGUUAAGUAUUCCAGGCUGAGUUCGAUUAGAAACUCUAACUAGAAACUUUCUCUCGUUGGGUUUACAAUCUUAUUUCUAUAACCUGGUUUUGUGGGUCUUUUUAACUUUGCAAAGUGCUUUGACUGCAUGAACAUUGUGCGGUCCAUUUUGGUGCACAAAAUGAAAAUUUAAAAAACCGAAAAAAUAUGUCAAGGUAUUUGUUAAGUUGGGAUUUAAGAAUUGGUAUCAAUUUCGCAAGUUAGCUACAGGGUUACAGGUUGGGAUAAUUUUGCUAUGCCUAAAUAAAGACAACACUCUGCAACAGCCACCAAAAACCGGAAAAGUGCACAAGAUUCACAAAAAUCAGUGUUUCUGCUGUUUAAAGACACCUGGACAAAAUUAGUGGAUAAAAAUGUUUUUAUGCGUUGAAUAACACCCACCAAAAAUCUGGAUAAGUGCACAAAAUGCACAAAAAUGCACAAAAAUAAUUUAACUGAUUACAAUGCAAUAACGGUGAAUAUUUAAGAUAUUGGUCGAAUGCUAAGCUAAGUUCCGAUGUUUUUCAACACAAUUUCAAACCAUUUUCUAAUAUUUGAAAUUUAAAAAUAUUUUUGGUAAUUUCCGACUUAAUAAAAUUUUGAUUGUUAGAAAAUGGCAAUGUUUAAUUAUUGUUGAGCGUUUAUAAAAGUGAAAUAUGAAAUUAGCGGCAUUCUGCCUCGAUAUUUAUUUUUGUGCAUUUUAAUACAUUUUAAUCAGUGUACUCCAAAAGGCAAACAGCAGCAAAAAAUUCCUGCUUUUUGCUGGUUUGCUUUUUUGCUGUCUGCUUUUUUGCUGUUAUACUGUCACAUACUAAUAACACGUCUCACUUCUCCCCAUCUUAAGAAAACAGCAAAAAAGCAAGAAUUAUUUAUAAGCAAAAAAGCUACUGUUUUCACGAAAAAAGCAAAAUGCUGUGCUUUUUUGCUUGGGAGUACACUGAUUUUAAUGCAUUUUUGUGCAUUUGAUGCACUAUGCAUGCACAAAAAGAAACACUGUUAAAAAUGCACAAAAAUAAUUUAACUGGUUAUGUACAAUGCAACAAUGCUGAAUAUUUAAGAUAUUGGACGAAUAUAAGCAUGCCCAAAACUUUUUUAAAAUUGAAAUUUAAAAAUAACGUUAGUAGAGAUUUACAGACUUUAUUAAAUACCCACAAAAAGCAUAGAAUUCUCCAUUGAGGAUUUAUUACAACGUGAUUUUGAGUGUACUUUCAUGCAAACUCGUGAUGAUUGCAUUUUCAUGGAAAUGAUGCUCACACAUAUUAAACAACGACCAGUCUCAAUGGUGGUGGCUGAAUUUUAGCGUAUACAGCAACAUAUAAAUACGGCCGGAGUCCGAUCAGAGGACACGAAUAAACGGAUUUCCCUCAGCUGUUUGAGGCAUAAUAAUUCUCAGCAUCUACAAAAUCACACGGCUAUCAAUAAUAGUUUAAUUCCAUUGUUCAUCACGUUUCGUUAAAGUGUUCAUUUUGAGUCAUAUAUAAAGACCAGAGCUGUCAAAGGCUUCAAUUCCACGUGUUUGGAUACAAAUAGAUCCGUCUUUUUUCGGAGGGUGAAUUUUCAGGAAUAAAUUGAAUUUCCAAAUUGGCACGCAACAAUUCGCCGGGCGCCAUGGAGGCCGAUCUCAAGACGGAGGUGGCAGAGGAGGAGGAAUCCUUCCCAAUUAGCGACCUCUUUCCUGUUCCAGCCCAGGAGUGGAUAACUGACCCUCUUUUAAUUGACGACGACGACGAUUCGGAUUCUCCAGAAGUUAGAGUUGAAGUGAAGGAAGAGUUGUUCUCAGAAGAUGGGGAGCUUGAGGGCAGCGGAUUCUAUGGUGGGAUUACUGGGCAAAGCGCUAAGUUGGAUCAUGAUUCCGGUUACGGCGGAGGAGGAGCUUGAUUUCCAAAUGAUGGAUUCCAAGCCCACUUGGCCAGGAACGUUUCACACUAAGGUUGAAGUCAAACCGGACCCAGAUGCGCAGGUGAAAAGUGAGGUGAGCUUGUUUAAUUAUGGAAAAAGUCCGAAAAACCAAGUCGCCGUCAAGAGAUGUCGCACCAGCCGGAAAAGCCUCCCUUGUAACAUUUGUCACCGGGUAUUUUGCAAACCUACCAAUCUACGAAGACAUAUCCGUACCGUGCACAACUCGGUGGAACGGCCUCGAUUUUCUUGCGAAUUACUCGGCUGUGUGAAAUCCUAUCUAAACAAGUCUGAUCUUUGGGUUCACGUGAGGACUGCACAUUCCGAGGAUCCAAUCUACAUAAAGGAAAAACCCUUCCACUGUUCCACAUGUGGGAAGAGUUUCGCGAAAGUGGGGAAAUUGAAAAUCCACGAGAUGACGCAUAAGGAAAUAUCUGCUCGGGUUAUUUACCAAUGCCACCUUUGUCCGUCGACCUUCCUAUCGCCACACGGCUUAAAACAGCACAUCCGAAUUAGUCAUGAAAAUCGGAGGAAUUAUGGCUGCUCCCUUUGCAAUAAGAAAUUCACGAGGUCAGAUCAUCUCAAGCGUCACAUGGAGACGAUACACCCCGCGGACAAGAAGGAACUUCAAUUAUGUGCUACAUGUGGGUAUCAGACCUACUCAAAAGGAAAUUUUGCCUCGCAUCAGAGACGGCAUGAUAUUGGAAAGUAUGAAUGUUACUUUUGUGCCAAGAAGUUUGUCACUUUUACAGAGUUAUCCACUGUGGAAGAAGGCAUACCAUGGAACAUGCUUGGACACAUAUGAAUUUGUUGUGACUUGUGAUAUGUAAAAUUUGUUUAAAAGGUUUAUUUUAAUAUUUUGAUUGGACGGGAUGCGUUGUUAAGGGUGUUUCAGAUUUUAUUGGACUCUUAGAUAUUUAGUGACUUCAAGAAAGCACUCGUGUUUUCCUAUAUUUAUAUAUACAUAUUUUGAAUUGUAAGGAGUCAAAGCGGAUUACAGAUGGGAUUUCGACAUAUUCCGUCGUUUCGGAGUAGUCCAAGGCACUUGUGAGUUGAUAAGUAUUCUUCAGCUGUGACGAAAUGAAGUUUUUUCUCGUGUCUGCCCCGCUUCCCUGGAUGUUGUGUAUUCUGGCACUGGUUGAGUCGUCUUCGUCCACAAGAUUUAAUGCAUUUGUCGCAUACCUGGGAGAUGUCAUCCAUUUCCAAGUUGGGAAUAGUCUGCUGCAAUGACUGCUGCAAUGACAAUGUCUUGAUGAAUAAUUUUUCGAUUUUUGACUCAAUGACGGACGAAGGAAUUGGGGAACAUUUCACUUCACCAAGAAAUGACCGCAAAUGUUCUCCCACUUUGCAUGCCAUAAUUAAAAGGACUAAAUGAAUUUUUUAAUGCAUGAAAUUUUUUAUGAAUGUUUAAAAACUAUGAAUAGAUUUUUGAACAAAUAUAUUUAUAAAUGGCUAAAUGGAGAUAUUUUUUGAAGCGAAUAAAUGAAUUGCUUACUUUUUUAUUGUAUGAUUAAAAAUAAAUGAUUUGAAUGAAUUUCUAAAUGAUUAAAAAAUGUAAGCAUGUAUGUAAGAAGUUAAAUGAAAAAUGUAUGCAAAUUCUUAAUUAAAAAAAUAUUUUUGUAUGUAUGCAAAUUGUUAAUUAAAAAAUAUGUAUGAAUGUGCUUAAUUAGAAUCACACUUGCUAAAUUGCAGUGCCAUACCGUACCCGCACCGUACAAAAAAAAACCAAUAAUCCCGUACCGUACCAAAAAAAAAUUGCAGCAAAUCCCGUACCGCACCCGCACCGUACCAAAAAAAUUCUACAAACUCCCGUACCGUACAAAAAAAUUGUAAAAAAUCCCGUACCGUACCCGCACCGUACCAAAAAAAAUUCCAAUAAAUCCCGUAACGUACCCGUACCGUGCCAAAAAAAAAUCUUUAAAAAUCCCGUACCGUACCCGUACCGUGCCAAAAAAUCCAAAAAAUCCCGUACCGUACCCGUACCGUGCCAAAAAUAAAAAAAUCCCGCACCGUACCAAAAAAUACCUCGUUCUAUGGUGUUUUAUGUUGUCAAAUUGGAUAUAAUUUUACUCAACUUAUAUUUGUCUCAAUGCUUUUAUUAAAAAUAUUUAACAAGAACUCAGCUACAGAUUAACAGUUGUAGUUAAGAAGUUAUGAAGAACAACCUAGGUUGUUGUUCUUUCACUAGAGUUAACACCGACUAAUUGUAGAGAAGUAAUAUUACAAUUUAAUUAGGUUUGAAUUUUUUUGCACGGGUAGCAGUUGAGUUUUGUUUUUCCUUUUGUUGGUCGUGAGUUUGGAACGUUGACUAUACAUUGAACUUUCCCAGUUUGUUCCAAACCAAGUUCAACAAAAUAUUUGCUAUAGGCCGAUUUUUUAAAUUUUGUAGGUUUUUAAGGCACUUUGCUCGGUACUUUGCAAGACCAGUCGUGGCUGCAUCGGGGUAGGAUGUACGGGAAUUAUUAUUGAUUGAUUUUUAGAUUUCAUUUUAUUGUCAAAUUAUAAGAAACUACAGAACAGUGCAAUGUUGAAGUUGAAGCCACAUGGAUUUUAUCUCGUUCUUUUAUUGCAAGCGCCGAGGAGUUUCGUUGCCCCAGACCAACAACCAAGGUUGUUGUUCAAUGCCUCAUUUUCCACGGCAACAAAACCAGACUCAGAAGCAA